AUGUCGCAAGUCGCUCGCCUCGAAGCACUGCUGGACGACUUGUCGAAAUUACUCAAGCGACCCGACGACCAGCGCAACAGAUCCGAGGAAGAAGAGAGUUCUACCACGCCCGACCAGGAGAAUAGCGACAGCGGUUUCUCUGACGAACAGCCAAGCCCAUCAACCGGAACCUCCAGCCACGAGAGAUCUGAUCAAGAGACUAGCGAAAAGCCAACACUUUCCACUCUACUCGAAAACGCCAUAGACAAGACAGCCAGUCUCUUCGCCAUCGAGCCACCUCGGAGUCCAGGCGCAGAGAGUCAUCUCAGUUACAGCUUGGAAGUCAACUCCAAAUAUCGAGUGCACAUGGACAAAGCACCCGAACGUGCCGUGGAAUUGGAGAAGGAUCUGAGGGCUGCUAAGGCAGUUCUCGGAGAUGCUGCUGGUCUCGUGGAGGAGUGCAAGUCGGUGGCGAGUAAAGUGGCGGCAGAGCAGGAGAAUUCGAUGACGCUUGAGGAGCGAAGGGAGAGGGCUGGUGUCAAGUCGGCGUGCUUUCUCUGA